AGAAAAACAUGGAUGAAAGACUGAAUAGUUUCGGGACAACAUAGAAGAAGCUUUUCAUACUCUAACAUCAGCCAGCGGUGGAUGCUACAAACAUGGGCUAUAGAGGGAGAUAUAAUAUAAUAUUUACCCUUUGUGGCAGGGUAUGCCGAAAACAGAUACAACAACCAUCGGAUGACAAGUGAGCGAGCGGCCAUUGUCUCUGGCCCGUUAGAAAUUGUUUAUCAUGCAUUUUGUUCGGUUCCAGCGACUGAAUAAUGCAGCAGGUAGAUCGAUGUGUAUGGACUGGGAGAAAGAAAGAGACACAAGCAAAUAAAUAAGCACGAGCACGAAAGCGGGAGAGUAGGAGUGGCAAAAGCAGAAUGGGGGCGAAAACAGGAAAAAAGGCACAAACAACGGACAACAGACAGUGCCAGACCAGACACAAAACCGUUCUGUAUUGCUUUGGGCGGCAUUCAAAUUGAAUAUUGAAAGCAUCGUGCACAAAACUGCCAAACGCUUGAAUUAUGCAUUAAUGAUGUCGUUGUCUCCGUCUCUGUCUCGCAGCGCCAUAGUGGACAGCGCCAGAAGCAAAGGGGUUGGCGACUGGACAGGGAAACAGAAGGGGUUUGUCCGUCGUCAAAGCGUGCCAGCAACAGCAGCAGCAGCAGCAGCAAAUAGACAAGAACAACGGCACUGCGUCCUUCGCCACUUUUGUUCACUGUCCUGUCCCAUCGCCUUUGGCUGCUUAUUAAUUUUUUAUGCGUCUGCCAUUUUUAUGCGCUCGCCUCAAGCAUUUUAUUUGCUCUAACCUCAGCUUUCAAUAGGUUUCCCCUGUUCAAAUGUUGUGCUGAUAGUUCAAUGAACCCUAUCGAUGAUCAGCUGUCGAUCAGCAGCUUUGACUUUCCAGUGUUGUGAAAUGUGAAACCACCCAGAAAGACAUUCACAAUGGCUGGCAUACAAAAAACAAAAAUUAAUUACCCGCAUUUUGCGCGCAAAGCAGAAGCGCCUGCAGUAGAAGAUUAUCAAGGCCGAAAAUCAGGUGCGGUGGCUGCACCGAAUGUAGGUAACGGGUGCAGGCCAUGCAAAACUCAUUACAUGCCGCAGAAACCACGCCGAUGUCACCCACGCGGGCGCACACUGACCGCAACAUGUUGUAAUGCGUGUGUCCCCUCCACCACCACAGAAUUCGCAAUCGCUUUAUCAACAUUUGCAUGGGACAGCAGCACCAGGACAUAACCAGACCGGACCAGAGCCCCUAUACACAAUGAUGGCCAAGGAUUGGAGCCGGCGCAGGCCAAUACUUUAAGCCCAUGUGCUGAGAGCUGCACUGCCAAAGGACAAACUUAAUGUCAGCACGCUAAUCUGUCACUCACUGCGAAUGGAAUGAGACUGGCGCAGAGAUACGACUGGGAGCUGCGACAUGCUCUGGCUACUUAAGGAGGAGCACUAUGGUUGCGCUUCGCUUCGCCUCGCUGCACGGGAGAGCGUGCGGCCGGACGGGUGGAGCUUGACGCGCUGCUUGACUUGCCAUCAGACACUUGCGGGACCACAAGCCAUCGCCAGGCAUCGGAUCAGCCCACGCCCUCGCCAGGGCAAUGGUGAGGGGGAGGACAAGCAAGCACAACGCGCCUUAUCAACUAUGCACGGCUUUGUCUCUAAACGAUUGUCUGCCUGUGCCUGCACCAUCUCUCUCUCACCAUCUCGGUGGCAACCUGUUUUCUGUGUGUUCGCCAGCAUCAGCACCGGUACCCGUACCCGUACCCGUACCCUUGCCAGUACCCUUGCCAGUGCCAGCGUCAGCGUCUUUUGUUGCGCUUAAUGAAUUUUACGUAAAUUUUACGAGCGCUGAUUUCUGCCAGAGAGAACACUCCCCCCACACACUACGGGGAGGAUAACCAUCCACCCAGGCUAUUAAUCUACACUUUAGCGCAAGCAACACCCCCAGCACCGCCCUGACAAGGAGGCAAGGCGACUCCUGCUGCUGCUGCUGCUCCAUCCACUCUGCGUGUAUGCCUGUCAAGGAUCUGGAAAAUUACCACAAGCUUGGGUGAGAAGGGCUGGAGGAAAGCCGCUAACGCACUCGAAUCGAGUGAGUAAUUUUUGUCUAGCCCCCAGCCCUGGAAUGCAGUUUGACAGGAAAGUAAGUACUUUCGAGUACUUUCUCUCCUGUCACACACACACAAACACACACACACUUGCACGCACGGUGACUGCACACUUUCUACUUUCUUAAUUUUUCGUCGGCCUCUGCACAACGUUUGAAAAAUCGUGGAAAUGGAAAUCGACAUGAAAAAGGGCGUAAUGCUAUUCAAGGAGGAUAAUAAUGGAGUUGUUACCACCGUCCACUUAACGCCAUUGGUCAAUCUAGAUACGAAGUACCAAUGCGGCCACUGCGGCAAUAAGUAUAUGUACAACGGACCCUUUAGCAACCAUGUACGUGCCUGUAAGCGUCGCAGUGAGUUGGAUGCGGACCGAAAGUCAAUGGAGGACAACCCUAAGCUUAAGAUCAGUUCUUCCGAUGAAAUAUCACGGAAUGGGCCCAAAAAGAGGCGCAACAACAAAGAGUUGACUGGAAGCUGGAUCCAACUGGAAAAGAAACCAAAGCGCACCAUUAAAAAGGUGUACACUUGUUUUUCCUGCGAGCAGCCGUUUACUGUUGAGCUUGAAAUCGGAAAUAAAAGUCUACGCUAUUUCUGCAAUGAUUGUACCACGAAGAUCCGUACCGACGAGAAGACACGCGGACCCAUCAAGUCAAAGGUUCCAUUUUUGUGCGUGGAAUGUGGCAUGUCGUACAAACUGGAAGCUAAUUUAAUGCGGCACAUGAGCGUAUGCAAGGUGUUGAUGGAAAAUCGUUUACAAAACGAUUCAAUGUAUAUGGCAGCACAAGUUAAUGUCAGCUGUUGUAGCCUAUCGAUUAUGUGGCAGCUUCCAUUCGGUAUUUUGGUAUUUAAGCAGCGUUAGUACAUUUCUGAAAAACCCCA